AUGAAGGUCCCAGAGCCCGUCCGGGUGUUGUUCGAAAACUUCCCAAUUGUAACGUAUCCUCCAGUUGCCAAUGAGGUCGAAAGUGCAACCAAUCUCGAGAGAUCACGCCAAUAUUUCUUUCAGGGAGCUGCGGCCACGGACUCGCUGUUUGCCUUAGGUUGUUUCGGUGUGAGUAAAAUCAAAGGACGAUAUAUCCCCACGGAUCCGUUAUCAUUGGGUUAUGCCAUGAUUCUCGCUAGCAGAAACAAAUACAAACUCCCCAUCACUGCCGAUUCAAGCGACAAUGGCAGUUCGUUGAUGGUUCUUUCAUAUCACAGUGCCCCGACUAACCAGCUCCCUAUGCUUAUCGAAGAUCAGGUGCAAAAUGAAGUGCCUGUAAGACUUGUCAAAACGACUAAAGCUUUACGUAAAGCUGUCACAAAAUCGUUGGAGCCUAAGUUGAUCACCGUGGCCGACUUAAUCGACUCGUACUAUGAUUUAUGGCUCUUGGCGGUGGCGAUUGAGCAAACGAAUUUUAACAAAACCUUCUCCAUUGAUUCUGAAUGUAAAGCCACGGAAACUUUUGAGAGACGUGACAUUUACAGUACCUUAUAUGAGUGGAAUGGUUUUAAACAACGUCAUCCCACUUUAUUCACCACAUCACACAAGUUAACCGAAGCAACUAAGGACUACUUCACUGGGACUAACGAGCUGGCAUUGAAAGCUUACUACGAGCUAAUUCUAGAGCAAUAUCUGAGGGAUUUAGCCUUAUUCGAGAGCGAGCUUUCGCUGAUACAGAACAAUUUGAUACUAGAGCUGAAGCUUGCAAGUCUCAUAAUCAUUUUUGAUGAAUUGUUGAGCGAGUCCAAGCCAGCCGCCAUUCAACGGGAUCACCCCGCUUUGAUCGAAUGGGCUUCUACCGUUCUUGACAAAUACUGA